GAGAUUUUUCUACCCGAUCUAGCAGGUUAAAAUGCCAAAUCCAAAACUAAAUUGAAGUCUAAAUUUAAACCGUAUAACUAAUGAAUAAGCCUUUCAUUCUUUAUAUCUUUAUAUCGAUAGCAAGAUUAAAUUUUUAAUUCAAGACAAUUACUGCACGUAAUCCAUUCCCAUGUUACUUUGAUCUACACUCCCUCCGGCUAAAUCACUAUAUUUUAUCGAGUUGCAUAUUAAAAUAUUUUCCUUCAGCUAAGAAGGAGGAGAUACUGUGUUUACUGCUGGUAUAAACAUCUCAAGUAAGCAUAUUUCGAAUUCAUGGAUUGACAAUCACAUAACCGGAUGAUUCACCAUGUUUACAUUUUAAAAUAAUGACAGUUUUAGCAUAUUGUGGUUGUAUCGACAUGCCUCACAAGUCUCCAAUAGAAUAUUAGUUUGCUACACAUUUUACUAGAAUCUAGUUUGCAUCAUUUGACCAUGGAUAGAGCAAAAGCCGUUGUUAUUAUUCUAGUUUGUUUUGGAUUGUUGAUUUCAUUUAUAUUGUUGGUUACGUCAGUUGCAACAACAGAUUUGUUGGAAAAGCAUGCAGAUGAAGAUUGUUUACCUGACAGGAAAAAAAGGAAUAUAUCGUGUUCAACAGAAACAGCCUCGCUUCAGAGUCUCCUAAACAAACUAAAUCAGACAGAGUUACUUCGUAUACAGACUUUCAUAAAUCAAAAACUUGGACCGAUUAAGCCGGCAACGAAGGCACCAUUGAUAGACGCAACGAUAACUAUGAGAAAAACACAAGGAUACACUACCAAAACUGUAACAACAGAUCUAUCUCAAAGAAUUUUAGCCGUCAAGAUAAAUCCUAACAGCGUUUGUCUGGUUCGUCGUACUUUUUUGCAGAGAGAGAUGUUAGGUUGUCAAAAUAGAACAAGUAAUAAAUUCAGAUUUGUUGACGAUAAUGGAUUGGUGGUCGUCAAAAUAACUAAAUAAUUGAUUUCAAAUGAUUUGGAUAUGACAUACACAGGAGAAGCUACUUCUUAUAUCUUUUGUUGUGGUGAUUAGUUCUGUUAAUUUUGUACGAUGAAGCAAACAGGGAUGUUGCAGUUACUGCUGGUUGUACGAGCCUCUCUUGCAGUUGUUGAUUUUAUGGUGUUAAAUAUGACAAUUAGAUGUCUUAAAAAAAAUUCGAAAGAUAAUGUUUUGACAUAGUAUGUAGAGCAAAUGUAUAACAGACUAGUCGAUAGCCGGUAAAUAAACCCAUUGGUUCGCACGUCUUCUUAUUCCGUGUAGCUUAUCAUGUUGGCGUUUUCGUGUGUCCGUAGCACGACUAUAAAAUCCCGUUAUAAAGAUAAUUUUAUUUUUCUUGUAAAUUGAACAGAAAAGUCGUUUUAUGGCUAUAUAUUCUCUCAAGGAAGGUUACUUGAUCCUCAUAAAAGCAGCUGCAAAUGCAACUAGAAAUGUUUUACAAAUUUCUAAAUGAUAUUUAUGUAUAUAUAUAUUAAAUUUUAACAAAAAUGUCUGCUUUUU